AUGGUUGCAACUUCGGUCUCCCAAGCCCCGUGUAGCCUGGUACUAUUUUCAAGGUUACCGACGAAAGACAGGUUGUUACGCUGGAGAAUCGAUGUGGAUCCUACAUGCUGUAGAUGUUGGGAUAAUCCACCAACGGCGUUGACAGACUGCAUCUCUUGGAUCAUAGCCAACAACAACACAAAUAUCAAGGAUAAACCGACAAUCGUAAAGCUCCUUCUACAGGCCACGAUAUACGUCAUAUGGCAAGAACGGAACAAUCGGAUUUUCAGACAUGAAGCUUGCUCCUCUGAGAGGAUCCGUUGGAAGCUGGACAAGGCUCUAAGGAAUAUUCUGCUCUCCAUCAGACUGCAGCACCCUAAUACGACAGGUUCAAUACUGGAGAAUUGGUAUCAUCUGAUGCGCGACAACGGAGAUUAG